UUGAAUAAUGUUCAAUAUUGAUUGAUGUUCUCUCGAACAGGUAUUCAAUACCCAUAUCAAAUUCAGUUUCAAUGAUUGUGCAACUGAGGAUAUGAAUCUCAUGAUAUCGUAUCUUUCGCAGUAGUUAUUUUGAUGAACUGAGAAUGAAUUUUGAAGUACUGCAGUUUUUUGAUUACACUCUAUUAGUGGUAUGUACUGUUGAUUUACUAGCCAUCACAGGCGAUUCCGCAUUGACAUGGGCAUCCCCAAUGUAUCCAAAACUCUACUCCAACGAUACAUCCGUAAAUCCACUAGGUCGGCCUAUAACAUCAGAAGAAGAUUCUUGGAUCGGCUCCCUCUUGAACUUUGGGGCAGUCAUUGGUCCAUAUCCCUUCGUUUAUAUAGCAGCAAAAUUCGGAAGGAAAGUAGGCCUUCUAUGCUUAGCCAUCCCGCAUAUAAUAUCCUUCCUAACACUGGCUUUUUCUGGCAAUAUAUAUUCCUAUUAUUUUGCUAGAUUCAUAGGAGGGAUGUCUGUUGGUGGAGGAUAUUCUCUGCUGCCCAUGUACAUUGCAGAAGUGUCUAGGGAUGCUAACAGGGGGGCAAUGUCCCUCACGCUCAACGUUUUCUGGGCCAUUGGCAACUUCAUGCCAUACGCAAUUGGUCCAUUUGUAGCCAGCUGGACUUUCAAUUCAAUCAUAGCUGUGAUACCAAUAACAUUCCUCAUCCUGUUUGUGUUCAUUGGACCAGAGUCACCAUAUUAUCUAGCACAGGUUGGCAGAACUGAGGAAGCGGAGAAAUCCCUAAGGCUUCUUGGGAGAAAAGAUGUCAAACAAGAUCUCCAUGGUAUUCAAACGUAUUUGAAGAUGAAUGAGAGAGGAAGUAUUCUAGGUAUCAUCAAAGACAGAAACUUGAGAAAAGCUUUCAUCAUUUGUAUGGUUCUUGUAGCUGCCCAGGAGCUUUCCGGCUUUUGCGCAGUAACCUACCAUUUGACGUUGAUUUUCGAUUCAGCUGGUACUGAUAUAUCUCCUGACAUAUCAGCGCUCAUCGUUGGCUUUACAAUCUUUGUAUCUAGCUUCAUCUCCCCAUUCCUAGUGGAUAAUGCAGGAAGAAGGCCCUUAACUAUAUAUUCAUGUGCAGGGAUGUGUGUAGCACAAAUAAUGCUGGGUGUAUUCUUCCAUUUGCAUGACUACACGGAUGUUGAAGCAAAAUGGAUACAGUGGAUCCCUUUAACAGCACUCAUUCUUUAUAUUCUAUUCUUCAAUCUAGGGAUAUCUACAGUCCCUUGGACUCUCACCGCCGAAUUGUUCCCAAACAAUGUGAGGGAAGUUGUGGCUUCAGCCACUUCGAGUUUCUGCUAUCUAGUAUCAUUUGUGACGACUAAAACUUUCAAUGACAUGAAUGACUCGAUGGGGUCCCCUGGACCAUUUUGGAUUUUUGGAGGCUUGUGCUUUUGUUGCACUAUUUUCUCUAUCAUGUAUGUUCCAGAAACUAAAGGAAAAAGCUUUACUGAAAUUCAAAUUAUUCUGAGACAAACAUCAGCAGAUAGGAAGGAAAAGAAAAUAAUGUCUUCAUUGUCCCGUUUAUUCAAACGAAUGUGCUUCAUGAGUUGACAUUGAAACAGAAAGUUAUAAAGAAAUACUCUUCGUGGACAUUGGGUCAAAUAGGUUAUGGAAAGUCAUUAGACUCCGAAAGUUUCAUCAAACUAUUAUUCUGAUAACAUAACCAAAAUAUGAUCGAAUAAAAGUGAAUAUAAAAAAGUUGUCAGAA